UUGCUCUUUGCCUUCGUUCCAAGGUUCAACAAUGGAGGCCAUGCUCCAACGUCAUCUCUCUCUCUCUCUAAUGGCGAGCUCUAUAUAGUGAGUAGUGGUAGUGGGAGUGGGGAUUGAAGUCAUUGAAGCAUUGGAGGUCCAAAACAAGGGAGAAGAUGUGGGAUUUGAUAGCACUUGGGGUUGUGAUCUUUGUCUUCUUGGUUAUUCUUGUGAGAAUCGUGAGAUUCGCCCUCGCUGAUGCUGAUUUAACAUUGCUCUCGAAAGGGGGACCCAAGAGAUCGGAAGUUGAAGGCAAGGUUGCUUGGAUUACAGGUGGAAGCAAGGGAAUUGGAAAGGAGCUUGCUAGACAGUUUGUAGAGUUAGGUGCCAAGGUGAUAAUUUCUGCGAGAAAUGUUGCAGAUUUGGAGAAAGUCAAAGCCGAACUCCUUGGUAAAUAUCCCAAUGCUGAAGUUGAAGUUUUGUCGUUCGAUUUAACAUCCGAUGAAGAGUUCCUUAGAGAAGCUGUUAAGAAGUCGGAGUCUUUCUUUUCUGGUGCUGGUGUUUAUUACAUGGUCCACAAUGCAGGGGAUGAUCCUCUUCCAAUACCAGCUCUGGAAAUAACCAGUGAAACUGUCCUGACUAUUAUUAAAACGAAUGUCCUGGGAACGAUAAAUCUCACUAGGCUUAUUGCUCCAUUUAUGAUUGAAAGGGGAGGAGGACAUUUCAUUGUGAUGAGCAGUACUGCAGGAAAAUGCCCUGUACCAGGUCAAACUGUGGGUUCAGCCUCCAAAUUCGCUCUAAAUGGGUACUUCCACACUUUGCGUUCAGAGCUAAUUCAGAAAGGCAUCAAUGUCACCGUUGUUUGUCCUGGGCCAAUCGCCACAAAACCACUGUUUAAGGGAACUAAUUCUGCAGAGAAACCUGUAACAACAGACCGAUGUGUUCAUCUAAUCAUCACCGCAGCAACUCAUAAGCUGAAGGAAGUUUGGAUUGCAAACCAGCCUGUGCUCUCAGUAAUGUACCUCACUCAGUACAUGCCAACUCUUGGCUUAUGGUUCCUGGACAAGAUUGGCAGUAACCGUGUGGAAUUCGCACAGACCGGAGGGAACAUUUCUCUCAUGACAUUGUUCUUCGGCAAAAAGAAAGAAAAAACAGGGUAAUCAGCACCUCUGCUGAAAUUGAUUUUGUGAAUGUAUAUGUAAUUUCACAUAAUGGGCAAUCUCUACGCCAGUAUCUCUUUUUUUUUAAUCUUGUUUUAAUAAGAAGAUGAGGAUGACAGUCUCCCAUAUGUAUGUCAUCAAUAAGAAACAUGAGAAUGGUUUACAAUUUUGGUGUUGGUUUUGCACCCUUUUAUAAAUUGUAUUAUCCAGAA